AUGACAUGCGACCAUGGGUGGGUAGCGCCCGUCUUGUCUUUCUCGGGCAAAGUACUGAAGAAGUACCUUGGUCUAUCAUCAGGCCCCAAACGUCGUGCUCCCGGCUCGAACAAACGAGAUGGGAAAAGCGGUAGGGCCGAGAAAGCGGCAUCGUUGGUCUGUCUCGGUGCUGUAACGAUGCCACGUCCGGCUACUGCGGUACAUAGCUCAGCUCACUCUGAAAGUUCAACCUAUUCCAGAUCCAUGCUAUGCUUCUCCAACCUAGCGCAGGCGCCUCUAAAGUCUGAACUGCAAGGCAUAUCCCGUCAGUGGCUGCACUUUCCAGAGGCACCGGCCAGAGCCAGCCAAAAGUCUGGCAGCCCUACCAGAGUGGAAACGGGGACAGGGCAAUCCAAUGUCCAAUCCGACGCUCCCGCUGUGAACCUUGGGACGGGCUGGGUCCGGGCGGACAGGGACGGUCAGCAACAAACAGCACCUCAGAAUUCUGCCGAAGAACGGGACAUGCGACGAUUUUCCGUCCGUGGGACCAUGGUCCAUCCAUAUAAGGGUUGCUUGAGGACCACUGGCCGGAAGUCGAUCGAGAGCAGAAAAAAAACCAAAGGGCUCUAUUACUCCGUGCCUACACCCCAAGCUCAAGCUCAAGCUACUUACUGCAUUGGCUCUCAGCAGCACUUUUAUCUUUAUUUUUAUUUGUUUUUUAUCGUCAUUACACCUCACACCCGCUUGCUAGUCAUCUCACUUCACCUUCAUCUCAGUCGACCUUUUUCCCUCAUUUCGCUGCUCGACCAGUCACACAGCAUUAGCCAACGGCAAUUGCCUUGGGCGUCCAUUGCCAUUGCUGACUUUGCCUGGCUUGCAUUGGCUAUUUGUGAGAAGAAGAAACCACCAAGCUUUGCUGUCAAAGCACACAUACAUCAUCACAUCCGGCACUGGCCUUUCUCUGCCGUACCGAGCAGCACCUACCUACCACAAGGUACCUACCGACCUACCUACCUCACCUUGACCAAAGGCAGCUUGAUUGCCUCGCGCAUAUGCUUCAUUUCUUCCUCCUUUUUCCUGACCAUGUCGGCGCGACUUCCUUACUCGACAUUCCUUGACAUUAUAUGGCCCCUUCCCUGCUGCCGUUCUUUCCUGCCCAAAACCCUCGGACCAUCCCUUGCACUUGCACUUGCACCCGCACUUCCUUCAUUCGCGCCCUCAUCCUUACCCAUCACAUCCAUGCCAUCAAUAGCACCCACCACCGACCGGCAAACCUUCUUUCACCUUUUUCUUAAACAAGAACCACAUCCUCCUCAUCCUCUCCAAACACUCCGAGUUGACUCAGUUCUUCAACUCAGACACUUUGAUUUAACACCCACCCCCUUGCUCGUCAACAUCACAUCAACAUUUGGCCUCUCUCUCUCUCUCAUAUCCAAGAGAGAAAAAGAAGAAAAGACAAGGAAAAGCUUGACCGUCGUUCUGCCACCGAACCGGCCAACCAACUACUCCGACAGCAGCGCCGGCACCAAAAACCACGCGGUUCAGGACAUCGCGCGCACGACGCACAGCGCUUCCAGCACCUGCUUUCGAUUCAAGAUGGCCGUCGCGGGCCCCUGCGCCCACUCGUUCAAAAUGAUCAAGUCGGACAGCACCUUGAUCCAAUGGACCUGCAACCUAUGCCAUUCUGGACCCCACUGGAGUGCAGCGUUUGUCGGCGCCGUUACUGAGCACCCCAGACGACCGACUGCGGGAAAGAUGGUGCUCACCGUGAGGGGACGCAAGAUGGAGGCAUGCCGGCAACGUGGGGGUUUGGCAUUGGAUGCACUCGAGUUGCUUCUGAUGACGCAAACUCCCUUCCGUCACCACCCAGACACAAAUGUCUCGCCCUAUCCGAUCCCCGAUCUCAUUGCCCUCUCUUGUUUCAUUACCUACGAGGUUUCCAGAUGGAAAUACCCGUCGGUGGACAAUGCGGCACGGCAGUUGCAAACUGGCCCCCUUUUGAGACCUUCAGACGCUGCAGGACUAUAUUGGUUCAUCCCGACAGCGAUGCACCACCAAACACGCAAUACCACGCGCAUGAGCUUGAGAAAUGCCCUGGCGAUCGAUGACAGUCAGGAUUUUUUCGGAUCGGACAACAUCGGAUUCCUCUUCGCGGGGUUCUCCCCCUUUGAUUCCUUCACUUUUGGCGGCGGCCGUCGACACGAAAAAAGCCAUGCAACUCUUUCCGACCAGGUCCGCCCCCCCUGCCGUCGCGGCAGGGUCCUCGGUCUUAACUCUGGUUUAGCUCAGUGGGGCCGAAUUUCGGUGCUGCAUGGCGCACGUGGGACCCUCUGGCUCAGGCACCUCUGCAGCUGGCCGCAGCUUAACGCUGAGCCCCUGUGCGAUGAUGCCCUCGAGUUUCCGUACCUGGCUGAAGACGGGAAUGAUGCGACGGCACCUUUCCCGGUCACAAUCUGGAACCAUCAGGCACUGAGCCUAAAUCGGCAGGGAGGAAUCAUCCAUCCACAGCUCGUUCGCUCGCCGACGCUCCGGCCGGUUAGCUCCUUGAUUCGACCGCAAGAAGACGCGCCCAUCGCCCGUCUCCAUUUCAUUUCACGCUUUUGA